AUGUCCUACCGACACAAUCCCCAUCUGCCAACCGGUGAUCAUAACCCCAGGUUGACUACGACACAACCUUACCAAGCAGGCAGCAGCUCGAACCUGCGUCUCACCUUUCCACAAAUGGAACAACGAGCUAACAAAGACAACAUCAAUAUUGCCAUCAAGCCUCUCUUCCAGCUGACUACCAUCUUGUCCCGAGACAGUAGCCCACGACAAAGGUAG